CCCAGGUUACGUUGCUUCUUGUGUGUCCGCCAUAUUGCCUUCGCCUAAACGCGCUGGCUGGAUCGUCUCUUACAACUGAAAAUAGUUUCAGUGAUGACUCAAACAGUUCAGACCAAUGGGGUCCAACCCCUCAGCAAGACUUGGGAGCUGAGUCUGUACGAGCUACAGAGGACUCCACAGGAGGCUAUCACAGAUGGCCUGGAAAUAGCGGUGUCACCCAGGUCCUUGCACAGUGAACUUAUGUGUCCUAUCUGUCUGGACAUGCUGAAGAACACGAUGACUACCAAAGAAUGUUUGCAUCGCUUCUGUGCUGAUUGCAUCAUCACAGCUUUGAGAUCUGGUAAUAAAGAGUGUCCUACCUGUCGUAAGAAGCUGGUGUCCAAGAGAUCGCUGCGUCCAGACCCCAAUUUUGAUGCUCUGAUUAGUAAGAUUUACCCGAGCCGUGACGAGUACGAAGCCCACCAGGAAAGAGUUUUGGCCCGCAUCAGCAAACACAACAACCAGCAAGCCUUAUCCCACAGCAUAGAAGAAGGGCUGAAGAUACAGGCUAUGACCAGACUACAGCGUGGUAAGAGACACACAGUGGAGAACGGCAGUGGAGCUGAGGAUAAUGGAGACUCUUCCCACUGUAGCAACGCUUCCGUCCACAGCAACCAGGAGGCCGGGCCGAGCAUCAAGCGCACCAAGACAAGCGACGACAGCGGUUUGGACAUGGAUAACGCUGCAGAGAACGGGGGCGGGGACUCGGUGAUUGAUGGUGGUGCCAGCGAAAUAGAGCUGGUCUUUAGGCCACACCCCACCCUGAUGGAGAAGGAUGACGGUCACAACAGUGUGGAGUUUGUCCCUCGCUACAUAAAGACAUCCGGUAACGCCACAGUGGAUCACCUGUCUAAAUACCUGGCUGUGCGACUGGCUCUGGAGGAGCUGAGGAGAAACGCUGAAGCCAGUCCUGUUAAUGUGGAGGCAGCUUCAGAGAAACAGUACACCAUCUACAUACCUACAGCUGGAAACCAGUUCACUGUGCUGAAUGGUUCCUUCUCCCUGGAACUGGUCAGUGAAAAGUACUGGAAGGUCAACAAACCCAUGGAGCUCUACUUUGCCCCUACUAAAGAACACAAGUAGACGGCCAGGAAAACACACACACACGUGCGCACACACACACACACACACUCAGAGGAAAAUCAAAUGCAUGGACAUGGAUACCUGUGCGGCACACAGAAACAAGAGCAGAAGUGUAUUUCUGAAGGAGAUGAACAGGGUUGACUAAAACCCUCAAAAGGACUCUUGUACAUAGAAGAAACCCCUUGUUUUAUAUUAUCUGUAUCCGUGUUGUUUCUAUCUUAGUAUGAUGUAGCAGAUCAGAACAGCAGCCGACAGACUGGGCUGCUGACAGUAACUGUGGAUUCUCUCCAAACAAAUCCAGGGUCCAUCUAUAGCGUGAAGUUAAAAGCACAUGGUAUACUGUCUUCAUCUGGAUGGCCUUUAGGCCGGGACUCGUGGGUCUGUUUGACUUUGGAAACCGCCCUGCAUCACAUGGGUGACAUGUGGCUGGGUUUAGGGCCUUAAAAACCAGGACCAGCUCUGUCCAAACAGUGUAGGAGCACACGAUCACUCCCAGUGACCUCCAGGAUAUCAGAAUGAUGCGCUUUGUUAAAAUGCCUGUGAACAGUUUGCCAUGCAUUAGUGGGCCAUGUACGAUGCAUCCGACAUGCAUGGAAGUAAAUAAAAGCCACAAUGUGAAUAUGUGUUGCGUUGAAAUGUGUUUCUGUUAGAACACUCUUCUAUAUAUAAUUAUGGCGGCACGGUGGUGCAGUGGUUAGGUCCUGAGUUCGACUCCACUGUCCAGCCUUGCUGUGUUUUGUUUGUGUGGUUCUCUCCCAGUACUCCCAGAACAUCACAGUUGGUUAGGUUAACUGGUGAUUGUGAAUGGCCCACAGGUUUGAAUGGUCGCUCGCCCUGUGACAGGCCUGUCCGGGGCGUGCCCCGCCUCUCGCCCUGUGGUAGCUGGGAUACGCUCCAGCAUCCCUGCAGUCCUGAUAAGCGGAAGAGAAUCUUGCCACGUGUGACUGUUAGUUUACGUGAAAAUGGAAACAAACCAACAGAUUUGGUCGUCUUGUCACGGUCACAAAGUUGACGUGUACAGCUAGUUUAUGAACCCUGAUUUGAGUUGGAGAAUCUCAGUUGCCCUGAUCUGUAGGAACAAACUGUCUUCUAAUAUCUGUGGCUGCUCUCUGUCGCUCAUCCUUUUAUAAAUGUCUUUUGUAACAAUAUGUGUGAUCGGAGGCUUGGACAGUUUGACCUUUACAGUAUUUAUCCUGUUUGCUGAGGGUGGCUGUCCAUCACAGGGAGGUUAACUCGUUGCUCUCACAGACACAUCCUGGAGAAAUCUUUGAUACAGUUUGUUUCAUUUUCCACCCAGCAGUCAGGUUCCUGAGUGUUCGGAAGAGAAACUCCACGGAAAGGGUGAUUCCUGAGUGAGUGCGAGUCUAAACGUGUACCGUAAAUGUUGUGACUUUGUCAAUUUGUGUUCAGACUGGUUGCCAGUUGGUACAUUUCAACAAACCACAAACAUGUGCAGAGUUUGAGCUGUGCUAACGUGAGCUCAUGCUCUGUUGCAUGGACACUACUUGUGAGUGAUUACUGAAAUGUGUUGAUGAGAAUGUGAAGGGAAUAAACUGUCAGUACAGCUUGUGUCAUGUCAUAAACUUGUUUUCACUGAUGGUGGGAAAAGGAAGUGUUCAGACACAGAACAUGGAAAUGACUUGGUUUCAUACAAAUAUCAUGUUUGAUAUCCUGUAACGUGUUUUCCGUCUGUCUUUAAAACCUGCAGCUGUUAAACAAAUGGUAUAGCACAAUGCCAUGUUUCUGAUUAAUGUAUAGUAUGGGUUAUAUUAGAGGAGUUGGAGAAUCUGUUAAUUUAAAUAAAUGGAAGUGCUCUGCUCACUGCAAGUCAAAAUGUUAUUAGAGAAACGUCUAAAUUAUGGAUAAAAGUCGGUGAAGCAAAGUUUAUAAAGUUUAGAACGACUCAUUUGUUUCCUAAACCUUGAAACUAAAAAACAGCAAACAUUCUUUCUUUGGAUGCAGCUCGUCUCAGGUGACGAUUUGCUGCUAUUCUUUCAUUCGAGUCGAUAACCAGAGAACGAUCUUUCUGCACAGUAAGUAUAACUUGGGUUCUAGAGAGUGUAGAUGACACUUUACUCAUUUCUGCCGUUCUAGAGAAAAAGGUAGUUAAGCAAAAUGUAGCAGCUGAAGGAAAAGUAGAAACUAGCUGUUGCAACUAACCUCAGUGCUUGAGCAGAUACCGUUUCGUUUUACUGACCUAUACAUUAUUCUGAAUAAAAAUAGUUUGAGCAGAAAUCAACAUUGGACUUUUGAAAGUCACAGAGGAGCGUGACUUUCAACUUUAGCAAAGAAAAUGGUCCCAUUUCACAAAAUACACUCACCAUGAGAGAGAACCCUACGAGUCACAGCGUUACUCAUGUUUCGUUUAGGACGAGUGCAUCUGAUCAGCAGUGUGUGGAGCUUGUAUACUGCAUCCUUCUGUUUGGUCAAUAAAGCUGAAUCUGAGUUCAACAUGGAGCACACGGUGCUGUUUCUGCUCUGUAAUCAUGUUUGACAUCCUUUCAGUUCAGUGGAGUCCAGUGUUACAUGACCUCGGCAUAGAGCUGAAUACAUCAGUGUAACUUCACAUCAAAGGUAUUUUUAAUGAAUUGGAUUCAGUUGUCAUAUUAAAGUUUUUCCCCUGAA